AUGCCCGUCUUGACACUGGUCUUUGCUGUUGCUCUUUCGCCGCCGCCCGACAACCGCGAUGCUGGCCGCGACCUUGACGAGGUCCAACUUGACAGGCAAUGGACUCCGGAGCCAGAGCCCAGCGAUACCGACAACUACACGGCCUGGGGUCGCAAACAUUACGGCGACGACUGGUACGAGCAGCGCGAGGUGAUGCUCAAGGAAAGGGACUUCUACGACUGGGGAGUAAAUGUUAAUAAUGAUCGUGUCUACAUUGAGCGCCAGGAAGCUCUGAGAAACAUGGAAUCCGAAAGGGAGAAGGGGAAGCUGCCAAAGCCAAAGGGAAAGACGUAUCAGGAACUCAUGGCCUGGGCUCGAACGCACUAUGGCGAAGUUUGUGACCCAAUAUAUUGCCAGUAA